GCGAACGCUGUAACAUUCUUUUGGGCCACGAAUCCUUCCGGCGUACAAUCAACUCAAAGAUGAAGCAAUCUACAGAGCAAGAAGCUUGAUCCUAUGAGUUCAGCCGAUCACACAACAUCUUUGUCUGAAGUACCAUGUACCAUGCACACGUGACUCACGAGAUGCUCACAAGAUCAUAAACUAAAUGUAUAAGGAUCUGGAGAAUAUCUAUGAAUUCUCCAGUUUCACUACGUGACUAGUUGCGAGGGUAAUGCUUGAAGACAGGUGUUGCCUGAUGAGAUCUGAGCUGCAUGACUCGGGUGUAUGGAUGAGAGUCCAUAUCCAUUACCAUAGCUGUUUUCACGAUUACAGUGCUACGUACUUUAGCAUCGUGUAGUGGGCCCGUUGUACCCAGUAAUUGUAACAAAUGGAUUCUGAGAUUAGAUGGGACUCGAUGUUCAACAGUGAAGCAAGUUGGGAGCUCCACGGCGAGCUUCACUGACGGCAAGAUGCAGCUGCUUGAACCAGUCCAGUAAGUAUAUAAGGACCUCGCUCAGCUUCAGCUCAGGGAGCUCGACGGAUGUAGCAUUACGAAAAACUUCUCUUGUGAACUCCUCGGAAUCUCAUGAAGAGAAACGCCUGCUGCUAGAUAUUCAGGUUUAAGGCAGGAUUCUGUGGCUAUGGAUUCCUUGAAGUUGAUCUUCCUCGCAUUGCUGUCUAUUCUUAGUGUUUCAGAAGUGAAAGCAACGUACUACAGGUAUUCAAUAAGUUAUUAUGAGGUCAUCCCACUCUCCGACACAGUCGCGUUCACCCCGAAGAAAAGCGAUGCAAUUCCAAACAAAGGAACAGGUUAUGUGAAACACAAUGCCCUUAUUACGCAAGAGGGUCGCGUUCUCGGUCACGUUGGUGGAAUCUACUUCUACCAUGGACAAGACGUGAUCGAGGAUAUCGUGACCAUCACUUUCAGUAAAGACAUGCGAGGAAUUUGGUGUGCCAGCUCGAUCAACCUGCGAGGCUUGUGGUACAUGACUCCAGACGGUGAAGCUGAUCUGAAUAACCAGGAGUUGGCCAUCGUGGGUGGACAGGGCCAUUUUAGAGGUGCCACGGGUUCUGUAUACUACCAGAGAGUUCAAUCACAGCCUCAAACCGUCUUCUUUGUCACUUGCGAUAUCUAUAUACCUGAUUUCCUUUUCUACGGUAAGGCAAUCGAGGUCGACCUCGACCAGCAGUUUAAACCUGAUUCCAAGCCUCAGUUCCUUCAUGGACACGGUGAUCUGAUGAUCAAAGGGAUGAUUGCGACGGCCUGAAAGUAAAAGUGAAGCUGCAAGACAAUCAGCCUCGCCCAUAGUUUUACGAAAUGACUCUGCUGGUGGUGUGACAAAGAUAUACGAAAUUCAUGGAGACUUUGUUCAUGAUAAGUUUGUGAGCAUAAGAUAUUCAGUAUUUCUUUCCAUAGCCGUAUAUUGUACAUUCAGAUACGAGUAGGUAGUUUCUUCACGCAGGCAGUUAACGAGAUUGUAUGCCACUUGCUCAUUUGGUUGUUGGAUGGAACGACACCAGGUACAUCAGAAUCGUUUUUAUUAAUGUGUGAGACCCAAGACAUAUCAGGCUGUGGCUAGUUGCUCACCUGUUUGUAAGCGAUCAUGAUAGAACAAGACAAAUUCAGUAUACGCGACAAUAGGAUGAAUCCUCGUGUACGGAGGUUAGUAUGUUCUUACUCUCUGACAGCG